AUUUGGAGGGCGGAGCGGAUGCGGAUGAGAGUUCUUCUCGGGGUACAACCUCUUCCGGUCCUCUUUCCAGCUUUUCGUGCAUCAUGGUGAGUGUGUUACAGCCGCGGCCGUGUGGAAAUAUCAAACAAAAAACGCCAUUUCUGCCACAAAAUACGGACAGUUUUACCCAGUUCGGUUUCAUAAUCAUAUUUCAAUCGUAUGGAAUCGACAAUUAUCCUAAAUGAUUGGUCUUUUUGAUUAAAAUCUACCUCCGGCCUUGUGCUAACUGUUAGCAGGCUAACCGUCUCUUGCAUGUGUUACUGUGAGCUAGCAAAGGCAGCGCGACGUGACUGUAAAAGUGUAGGGAAACACCCGAGAGUUUAAAAAAAAAAAACAUUUUAGAGUCCAGAUUGACGAGUUACGUCCAUGUGAUAACUAUUACUGUGAAAUCGGCGUUGAAAUAAUUGUCGUUUGUAACGUAAUGGCAGCCGAGGAGACUGAACGGCGAUGACUGUGGUUUAUGAAAAUGGUUUAAAGAAAAGGGAUGCCAAAGUUUGGAUGUAUCUGUCAAUCCUGCAGAUAUUAAGAAAUGGGAUAUCUAUGAUGUAGUGAGCUGAAGUGUAGCUGUUAGUGUGCUUAUACCAUUUUUUUUGUCUGCGUGGGUAGAGUGGAAAGUAAUCCAACAUAGCGUGUGCGAGUGUGUGGUACAUGUAAAAACACACUUUUACGAAAUGAUUUGAUAUUCAAGCAAAUUUAUACACUAUAAAAGCUCAGAACAAGCAAGAAGUCAUAACAAAUUAACCAAACUGAUGAAGAACCCAUCAGCAAAAUCUCAAUCACAACAUUACUACUGGUUGGUCCACAUACCCAUGUUCUGGGCAAAAUAGUAAAUAAAAUAUAUAUAACACAAACCAGGAAAUUUAAAAAUGUAUAAGCUUACAAAAUUAUCAGUCAUAAAAAGCCUCUACAGAACUAUGCCUAGAUACUAGGAGGGGGAGAAAAAAUCGAUUCGCAGAAAUAUCAAUUUUUUUUGUUUUACAAUUUUUAAAUCGAAUUUAUUUAUUUUUUUGUUAAAAAAUCGAUUUUUUUUUUCUUCUUAAAUUUAAGAAAAAAGGUUCCUUCACACCGUUUUUGUUGUGCGAUUAUUUCGGACGUCUGUUUUUUUUUUUUUUUUACGAACCCAUAUCCUGUCAAUUCAAACGUUCACAUCAGCGAAGUCUGAAAUAUGGUUCCUGGAAUAGUUGGUAGACAAUCAUAAUUAUUCAACUGUUUCACUGGUGUUAAAAACGCAGACUAAAAAUCGACAAUAUCGUAGAAUCGCAGUUUAAACCGAAUCGGUAUUCAAAAAAUCAUAGAAGAAUGGCAUCAGGAGAAAAGCAUAUCGUCCCAGCCCGACUAAAAACAUUAAAUUAAAAAAGGGAAAAAAAUGUUUUCUGCUAAACCCAUUGCCUCUAAUGAGCCGCUACUGCGUUACAGUACCUUUCCCCUAGUUUUCUUUUCAACGAUGGAAUUCUUGUUUUUAGACCAAGAAGAGGAGGAAUAACGGUCGUGCCAAGAAGGGCCGCGGACAUGUGCAGCCCAUCCGCUGCACCAACUGUGCCCGCUGUGUCCCCAAGGACAAGGCCAUCAAGAAGUUCGUCAUCAGGAACAUCGUGGAGGCUGCAGCUGUAAGGGACAUCACAGAGGCUAGUGUCUUUGACCGUAAGUGUCGAUUUUUAUUUUCUAAACCUGUCUUUUGAACUUUGAUCCUUGUGGCUUUCCCUAAUUGGAAUCUGUCUCUCUGUGUCCUGUAUGCAGCCUAUGUUCUGCCUAAGCUCUACGUGAAGCUGCACUACUGUGUCAGCUGUGCCAUCCACAGUAAGGUGGUGAGGAACCGCUCCUGUGAGGCCAGGAAAGACCGCACCCCACCACCACGAUUCAGGCCCACUGUAAGUGCUUUUUAUUAACUAGUGCUGAAAUAGGAAGUAAGGGCUGUGUAAGUGAGUUAGUGUCAUUACUCAUGGUAGACAAAAAGCUUGGGGAACUAAUGCUGACAAAAGGUUUUGGAUCGAUCAGUCAGUACUGGGGUGAAAGGAAUAUCUAAUUUUAUCCUAACACUAUUAGGUGACAGUAGUUGGUUAUCUGUUAAACCUUUUGUUUUGACAAUGUGGGAGUUUUACAAUAUAAAUUUGUAAUUGUCUUUUUCCUACCUUUUAUAUUUACAGGCUGGUGCACCAAGAGCCCCUCCAAAACCUAUGUAAAGCAGUGCUUGAGGAUGCUGUUCACCUGAAGAAUAAAUUUAAAUGUUCUUUACAAAACCUCUUAAGCGUGGAUUCUUUGUGUACAGUAUGUUUUGUAGUUUUAGUAAAGGAAAAGCCUGUGAAGCAUUUUAUUUGGAAUAGUUUUUUUACAGUACAAAACUUACAGUUCAAGAUCAAUUACGCAAACCCAUAAUUACAUUUUAUACAUUUAAAAUGACUGUGCAGUCUUUAAAGCAACAGCAGACUGAUUUAGAGGAGGGGGGGAGGUAAAUGUAGAUUUGACAAACAACACACAGUGCAACAAGGAAGCAUUAAAACCAAAAACACCACAAAACCAGCUUUUAGUUUUCUUUUAGAAUUUGAAUAGACAGUUUAUUUGUCCUUGGAAUUACAACAGAAUGUGAGUGUGUUGGGGUGGGGAGGAGGCUGAGAAGCAGACGGCUUUGAUAUUAACAUGCAUCAGGUAUAGAAACGUUACACAUUAAAAUGAAACAUCCAAACUCAGUCCUGUGAACAGGAAUAAACAUGGUCAAAAAGGAACUUCAAUGCUUGAUGUAAACCUCAAAUUCUGAAAGGAUAAGCCAAUCCACAGGCUCUUGAGAACAGGCAUAAGGAAGUCAACAAAAUAGUUCAGCUCCAUUAAGGGGUUUUGCACAUCUUGUCUCAAGUUCUUGGGCUCCCAGCAGUCUGAAUUCUUUUAUUUUUGUAGACCUAUGUGUCAUGUAUCAACUGGUGGUAAAAAUGAAAAAGAUUCUCGCCAAUGGUUACAGUUGGUUUUAGUGAGACUACGGCCGAUGGCAGAAAAGUCACAUGACAAAAAAAUCUGUGGAGCUUCCUGUAAUAAGUGUCUUGUCAUGUUGGAUUUAGAAAACAGCAAACCUAUUUUCACACAAAUGUAAGAAUGCAGAGAGGACCUCAGGCCAAAGGCACAUCACUACAGUCAACAAGAGAAAACAAACGGAGAGAAUCACACGUAUUCUGGAGGUCAAAGCUGUGGCCUUUUUCAAAGAGUACACAGGGAAAUGGGAUGUUUAGUGUAGCUCAUUGGUUGAAGAAUUUUGCUCAGAAAAACAAACGUUGCAGCUAUGGAAUUAAAUCAUUUACAACACAGUCAAAUUGAAGUGUUCUGGAUUCAGUUAAAUGACACUACAGCAGUCUUGUUUCUUUUUUUGGAAUUAAGGCAAGUUCAAUUGGUUUUAUGGUGGAAAUAUAACUGAAAGAGAACAAUUUGACCUUUAAGGUAUGCUUGAGACAGAAACAAUGCACACACACACUAGAGUACAUUGUCUCAUGUAUGACCUUUCUUUGCUGCCUCAUACAGCAGUGUGUUAAGAUUCCAAAUUUAGAAAAAAAAUCUUGCUUCACUCAAGAACUUGUAUAAGUUGUUCACACAAAAAUAAACAAAGGUUGACGAUUACAAUGUUUACUUAAAAAGAAAUCCUUCAAAAAGUAGCAGAAAAACUGGAAACAAGGUCAUUUUUAACAUCUACACAAGUUUGCUGGGAAGGAAAACAAAAGAAAAAAACACAGGAUCGUCUAUUUGUUUAAUAUGUACAAAUAUAUAUCCCAGCUCUGCUCUUUUUUUCUUAUGUGCCACUCUUAUUAAGCAAAAGUGCUUCAGUUAGAAGUGAAAAAGAGGUGGCUCUUUGGUUCAGCCAUGUGGGAACAGUUUUUGGUGAUAUGUUCAUACUAAUCUCAUCUCUUUUUUUUUGUCCUUUCCCAAGCUCAUUAGAUCAAUAAAAGUCAAGUUUGAUUAUUACUGAAUGAAUCUCACAAACUGAGAAAACUGUCGGCACAUUUUGGGCCAAAGACUUCACAAGGUAAUCUGCAGGGCAGUGCGAAGUAUUUUGUCUUGGGUCAAACACAGACAAUAUGUGCGAGCAACAAUUGUUUUUCUAAUAUUUUCUAAACAUUUCAGUAGACGCAAUUAAAAGCUAUCAGUGCUUUUCAAACAAAAAGAUUUUCCGCCAUACACUUAAUUUCUACACUUUAAAAAGGUAGACCUCUUAUGGAUCAAACAUGACAAAACUUCCUCAAAAAGAGCCCCCUCCACCUGUCAAAUUCGUAAAAAGCAGACAUUUUGAUUUGAAAUGUUAAAACAUGAUUCAAAUAAAACAAUUUUUCUUCAAUUAGGACGGUCGUAAACUGUCACUCCACACAGCAUUCAUUCAUAGCAGUCAUUGCAGCUUGUGCCAAGUGCCAUUAAAUUUUCGAUAAAUUUGCAGAGCUGUUUUUUUUUGCCAACUCUUUGAGGAAAACCAGUGAUGAUUUAUGUUAUAUAGAGGAUUAUGGUUGUGCAAAGCUAUGAGUCAGAACCUUUAUUUUGAAAUCUUAAAGCAAUUUUUAGACUCGUGUUUGUUACCCCCCACCCCCCCCACCCCAAAAUGAUCUGUUUAUGAUAUGACUGUGGUCGUUCAUGUCCUUCAGCCUGUGAUCAGGGUGAAGAAAGGCACAAUACAAUGAGAUAAAACACCCAAAUAAU